CUUGGUAAUUUGAGGGAUUCUUGUGAUUUAACAGGCUCCUAGAGCUGUGAUCAAAGACCGAGUUGUAAAGGAGCUUAGAGAAAGGGUAUUUCUCCUAGCUUCUUGUUUUCUGUCAGCCUCCGUUGGCAGGCGUCUCUACCAUGAGUAGGCAUGGGAACCAGUUAAAGAAAGUGUCGAUUCAGUCAAGUAACGCUGAGAACUCUGGCUUUUGUCUGUGCUGAAUGUGGCCGGAAAGGCAAAACAGAACGAGAUUCUGCUGUGGGGUUUCUCAUCUCCAUGGUGGUAGGUACUGACAGCCUCAGAAGGGGAACAAGAAGAGCGCAGAGAAGAGAUCAUGAGUUCUGUCUGGGCAGUCGUGUUGAAGAUCAAAAGGCCCCAGGGCUUGGAUCUGUAACUGAGAUGGGAGCCUGGCAUGGCUGUCCUCUGAGAGACCCUACCAGCUGCCGAAUUAGAAAGAUGCAGAUACUUACAGCCGACCAUUGGACUGAGGCUUUAACAGAAAAUCUUUAAAAAAAAAAAAGUAGAAGUUAGAAUACACCUGGAACUUUUAACUGACAUCGGACUCCUCUGAAUGCCCUAAAGGACCAAGAAAGAAUGAGCUAUUACGGAAGUAGCUACAGGAUCGUCAAUGUGGACUCCAAAUAUCCAGGCUAUCCUCCAGAGCAUGCCAUCGCUGAGAAGAGAAGAGCAAGAAGGCGCUUGCUCCACAAAGAUGGCAGCUGUAAUGUGUACUUUAAACACAUUUUUGGAGAAUGGGGGAGCUACAUGGUUGAUAUUUUUACCACUCUUGUGGAUACCAAGUGGCGCCAUAUGUUCGUAAUAUUUUCUCUGUCUUACAUUCUCUCCUGGUUGAUAUUUGGCUCCAUAUUUUGGCUCAUAGCCUUUCAUCACGGAGACCUAUUAAGCGAUCCAGAUAUCACCCCUUGUGUUGACAACGUGCAUUCAUUUACGGCUGCAUUUUUAUUCUCCCUGGAGACCCAGACCACCAUUGGAUACGGUUACCGCUGUGUCACCGAAGAGUGCUCUGUGGCUGUACUGACAGUGAUCCUUCAGUCCAUCCUCAGCUGCAUCAUAAACACCUUCAUCAUUGGAGCAGCCUUGGCAAAGAUGGCAACUGCCCGGAAGAGAGCCCAGACCAUACGCUUCAGCUAUUUUGCCCUCAUUGGUAUGAGAGACGGGAAGCUUUGCCUCAUGUGGCGCAUAGGUGACUUCCGACCAAACCAUGUGGUAGAGGGCACGGUGAGAGCCCAACUUCUGCGCUAUUCAGAAGACAGUGAAGGGAGGAUGACGAUGGCGUUUAAAGACCUCAAACUCGUCAAUGACCAGAUAAUCCUGGUAACUCCAGUGACUAUUGUCCAUGAAAUUGACCAUGAGAGCCCUCUGUAUGCCCUUGACCGCAAGGCAGUGGCCAAAGAUAAUUUCGAGAUUCUGGUGACAUUUAUUUAUACUGGUGAUUCCACUGGGACAUCCCACCAGUCCAGAAGUUCCUACAUCCCCAGAGAAAUUCUCUGGGGCCACAGGUUUCAUGAUGUAUUGGAAGUGAAGAGAAAGUACUACAAGGUGAACUGCUUGCAGUUUGAAGGAAGCGUGGAAGUCUACGCCCCCUUUUGCAGUGCCAAACAACUGGACUGGAAGGACCAACAACUCAACAACUUGGAGAAAACGUCCCCUGCCCGAGGAUCCUGCAAUUCUGACACCAACACCAGGAGGCGGUCCUUCAGCGCAGUUGCCGUGGUGAGCAGCUGUGAGAACCCAGAGGAGACCGUCCUGUCCCCACAAGAUGAAUGUAAGGAGAUGCCCUAUCAGAAAGCCCUCCUGACUUUAAAUAGGAUCUCCAUGGAAUCCCAGAUGUAGCCCUCCUCUCCGACCCUUAUCUAAGGGCCAGAAGCUGUAAGCAUGAUUUUUAACAAAGUGUUAGUUCUGUGAUUUGGGACAGGAAUAGAAAGCAGAGCAGGUUAAACUUGGUGAAUUAUUAUCUAAAAAAUCCACAAUUUUACAAUAUUAAAAUUUGGCUUUGGCAGUAGAGUUUGUAUUAGGGAAGUGAUUAUGAAGCUUAAUUGAUUACAAUUAAUCUCAUUAUUGCAUAUACCUGUGUCUCCUCUUGAAGGUGAAAUAUUUAGGAGUGGGGGAAAAAGAGGCUGUUAAACCAGAUAAAUAUAGAGAAGCAGAUAAGCUAAAUAUUUGCAUAUAAAAAUAAAUUAAUUAUGGAAUGAGAACUUAUAACCGUAUUGUAUCACCUAAGCACAGCAGGUGAAAUAUGCCUCCGCUCAGAAACACUGAGAUGAGAAAGUAAAACCAAGUGAAGUUUGAGUUUACCACAUUUGCCUCUCAUAGUAUCUUGCAGACAGAGGUGUGGCUUUAGGAAAGUGAAAAUGCUAUCAAGUCAGAGAUGCUUGCCUAAAGUGUUAUUAGUGAAUGCUGGAAGCCAGAACCAACCAUGUGACAGAAGAAAAGGGACAUCAUUACGUAAAUUAGUAUUUCUCUCUUAAAUACCUUGGUU